CUGGUGCGGAGGAGGGGGAGAGUAAUGGUGGAGACUGUCACGUCGCUGCAGACAGCGUGCGCCUCCUUGCCCCUAGCUGCUGGCUCUAAUUUAUGGUACUGUCUCUGAGAGAGGCCCCGGUCAGCAACCGGAGGACGGGCUUGGUCAAACCUCAAGGUCUGGGUGGAUGAACUAAACUGUUCCCUAAACUCCACAAGCAUUUAAAUAAUGGAGUUUUUAAAACAGGCAGCAAUGUCAUCUGUUAUGUCAAAUGAAGCUGCCAGGUGCCUGAGGAGGAGUCUCUGGCAGUUUUCCUGGUUACAGUUUGUUCGUCGUUGUAGCUGCAAGAGGGAAAUAUCCAACGACAGUGCAUCAGUCAAACAGAAGCUCACAGUUAAAUCUGAGAAGGCAUCAAAUUCAAGUAAGAUCCAUGGACACGACUUCAAUAAGGCAGAACUGGAUGUUAAAGGUAAUGCAAAGAGAUUAACUGAGCUCCCAGAGAGCUUGCACAGGUCUGCUGCAUUGAAAAAGGUAAGAAGACCAGCAAUGAAUCUUUCCACUGGAACUUCAAGAAAACAAGAUGAUGCUAGUUUUGUCUGGCAGUCUCAGAACCCUUCCAAAGUCAUACAUACACAAUCAAGCUUGAAACCUAGUCAUGUCCGCAACUUGGAAUUUCACAACCUGAGAAAUGAUGAUUUUACAAAAAGAACAGUGCCAAAAAUUUCUCCAUUGACUGAAAGAGAGUCUCAUUCAGAGAUGUUGUUUGGCAUUGCACCUUGUAACCUGGCCCUUUCCCAAUUGCGUAGAAAGAUUUUCAGACUGUUUGUUAAAGAAAAUCGAAGACAGCGAGCUGAAAUACAGCAAAUCUAUCAGCGAGUCAAGGAAAUUGGAGUGCCAGUACAUCAGGUGAUGAGGAAGGUGCUUGACAGGUUAAGUGGGAACCAUGUUCACCAAGGUAUUUGUCUUGAGGUGACACCUCUGGACUAUGUGAACUAUGAUCAAUGCUCUUCAACAGAUAUUGAUGGUUCUGAAUUUGAACGCAGUGACAAACCGAUCUUGUGGCUGGCACUGGAAGAAAUCCAGGAUCCCAUGAACAUGGGAGCUGUGCUUCGUUCUGCUUACUUUCUUGGAGCAGAUCUUGUUCUUGUAAGUCAGCAAAAAAGUUGUUCUCUAACUCCAACUGUGAGCAAAGCUAGUGCUGGAGUUCUAGAAGUUAUGACUGUAUAUUGCACUUCUAGUUUACCUCAAGUACUAAAGACAAAAGGAGCCCAAGGCUGGCAAAUAGUGGGAACAGUUGGAAAGUCUACCGAAGCCAGCUUUAUACCAGUCAUUCCUUGUACAGAGUUCCAGUGGAGCCAACGAACCAUCCUGGUUCUGGGAAAUGAAGGUUUUGGCCUUUCUGAUGAUGUAAGCAGCCUGUGUCAUGCAAUGCUGACGAUACCAGCAGGUAGAGGCUUGCAACCUGGGAUUGAAUCCUUGAAUGUGUCUGUUGCUGCAGGAAUUCUCUUACAUUGUAUAGCCAGCAGGAGAAUGAAAACAUGACAAAGACUUAUCUCAUUAUGAUGGCCUCCUUGCACUGCUUUGAUGCUAAAAUGGCUUGCUUUGAAUCCAGAAACAGUUUGGUGGCUGCCUGUAAUAAAGCUUCCUGGUUGGACAAAUUUAAGUGCUAUUCACCUCAGGCCUGUACAAUUUGUAAUUCACUAUCAUAUGAACCCAACAGAUACAGAAUAAAUAAUGCUGCUUUAUACACUGAUCUUUGUACAAGUGGUGUUUGAAUGUAAAUGUUUAUUUGCAUAAAUGUGACCAUCUGCAUGGGUCAAGAUUUGACUUCCAUCUUCACUACUCUGUGGAGGAAGAAGGUAUUUUACCUGGAAAUUCCUUUUUGUGUGAUAUUGUAUAUUGCAGUCAGCUGGGCAUUAACGGUGGAAUAAUGAUAAUCAUUUGGAACCUGCCAAGAUUGCAAUGAACGUAUAACAUAUAACAUUUCUUAAAGGAAUGUAUGCAUUAUAUUUAAAUAAAAUUUACAACACAGAAAUAGGCUAUUUGGCACAAUGGAUUUGAGCCCUGCACAAGCUUCAUUACACUGUACUCCAUCAAACUCUUAUCAACAUACUCUUCUGUUCCUUUUCCAUUCAUUUUUAUCUAACUUGCUGUUAGGUACACCUGUUAAGAGAAUUUGUGUAUUUAAUAACUUCAGAAUACCUUAAGUUACAUUUUAAACAACGCUCUGGUUUAGUCCAAGGCCAUGUCAGCAGCAGCCUGUGUAUUGUUAAAACUUAAAUAUUUUUGUAGUGUUAAUUGUCACACUGCAGGUAACCUGCAUGGAAUAAUGGUUAUUUUACAUAUUGUGCACAGAUGAAAUACAUUUUCUAUAAUUAGGCAGUGUUAUGUAACCUUUAAAAUAGGUCAGGAAAAUAAUACUCUUUCUGCUAAAUUAUGUGUAAUUUUUACUGUUGUGCAUUGCCAAUUUUUGCCUAUGCACUGAUAUUUCUUUGCCACUGCACGGUUGCACAGGCAGGAGUUCAAAUGCACAAGUAUACAAAGUGACAGAUUGAAAAAGAUCAGUUGAUUCAUGACUUCUUUCCCAUUCAGCCUCAUUGCAACUAAUUGACAAAGCUUGCAGUGCUCCAGCCUUCCAAAAUGUUGCGAGACCUUGUGGGAAAGGCAGAAAACAGAUUAAAAGAAACUAAGAUAAUAAAAUGUGAGGCUGGAUGAACACAGCAGGCCAAGCAGCAUCUCAGGAGCACAAAAGAAACUAGCCCAAAUCAGGUAAAGAAUCCUUGGAAACUGUUCAUAUGCCCUCACGCCCCCCCUCCCCCCGUCCCAAAGGUGAUGAAGAGCAAGUUCUUGGAGCUAAAGAUGACCAUUAGGUACAUUCCACUUAACUUUUAUACACAACAUUGACAACAUCCAGGAAUUUGUCCAGUAAGUUUGCAAUUACUGGACAUGGCAAUGAUCUAUUCCAAAUGCCAACAAUUGUUCAGGCAUCUAACCUAAUUCUAACGUAGCUUACAUCCAUAUUCUCUCUCAUUUUCCCUAAUUUAUAUAAAU